AAACAUCGUAAAUCUAAAAAGUCAAAAAAGAGGCGCAGGCGAGAUUCUGAUUCAGAGUUAUCAUCAGAUUCUGAUAGUUAUGUGGACUCUGAUUCGCCGACAAAACGUAAAAAAACUAAAGACGAAGUUGUACGUGAAUGGGAUAUGCCCAAAUUAACCGGUUGUUGGGAUCUUGAAAGUUUAAAAACCAAUGAAGUUAUUAAAGAUACUACUUAUGAUGGUGUACGUGAAUGGGAUAAACCCAAAUUAGCAUCCGGUACUUGGGAGUAG